GAAAGGCUUUGGAGCUGAGUCACAGACAGACCAGCGGUUCAGUCGCUCCUUUUCCUCAUCCUCGGAGGCAGGGAGAGCGGUCGAGAGAUGCUGCUGCCUUUGGGAGCCGUCCUGGUGGGGCUUUUCCCCUUCCUCUGCAGGAUAGCCUCGGGAGAGCCGGUUCCAGCUUCCGUGUGCCCCGGAGGCCAGUCUUGGAGCCCAGACCUGGAAAAAUGCAUGGACUGCUCUGUCUGCCAGCGUCAAAACAAGAAUGACUUUUGCACCACAUGCGGAGACCCUCAACUCCCAGACAACUUCAAUAUGUGGCUUAUGGUGGGAGCAUCUCUGGGCGCCUUAACUCUGGCGGUUUUGAUAGGUGGCAUCAUAAUCUACGCCCGCUGCCGACGGCGGGAGAAAUUCACCACACCAAUUGAAGAGACUGGAGGCCAUUCAGCUCAGGAAUCGCUGAUACACUGAAGAUCAUCUUGGUCGACAUUUCAAGCGCAAGAGAAGAGAUAAAUCCAGCCUCUUCAUUACCUCUGACUUUUCCU